AAAUAACAUGUAUCUGAAAAUAACAAGCAAAAUAAUACGUUAUAUUUUCCUUAAAUAAAUUUGAAAUAAUGACACAGAAUUUCAAAUAACGUGCGAAUUUCAUUUAGUUUGUUAUAAUCAUCAUAAACCAAUAAGUACGUCUAUGGCUUAACGCGUACGUAUUAUAAUUCAAUGGAAUCUAUAUCGUUCACUGAAUUAAAACUUUAAACACAUCGUAAAUAUUAAAUUGGAGCAAUUAGUUUUAAAUCAUGUAUAGUGAGGGAAUAAAUAACAGAAAUAUGUAGUAAGCUAAUGAUACUACAUCUUUUAGGUUGUUGAUCUAAUAAGACAAAUGCCUAAGUGCUAGAAUUGUUAACACUAUUUUGAUUGUUGUAUUUAAAAUAAAUAAAGUUUCUCUGUAAAAAAAAAUUCUCAUGUCUGAAUAUGCGAGCAUGUCAUUCACUUUAAAUCCAGAAGAGAAUUGUAAGAAUGAUAUGGUUCAAAUGCAGUCUAUCAAUCUUGUUUGUCCAGUGUGUGAUGUUGGAUACAUAAAUAAAAAAGAAUUCUAUGAUCAUUUACGUAUCCAUGCUGGAGAUGUAUUACUAAAGCAUGUGCAAUGGUUAAAAAAUGCAAACAAUGAAUUAGAAACAGUGUCAAAACAUCAUAAUUCAAAAAAAAUUGAUGAUAAUCCUUAUGAAACUACAUUAAGGCCUUUCAAAUGCCAUCAGUGCAGUUUAACUUUUGACAGAGCUUCUCAAUAUGAUUAUCAUCAUCGAAGUAUACAUUUAGGUGAAAAGUCACAGCUCUGUGAAAUUUGUGGCAAAGGUUUCUUUCGCAAGGCAGAUUUAAAAACACAUUUAAACAUUCAUUUAGGAACAAAUGUUUGUAUCUGUGAAGUUUGUGGGAGAAAAUUUAAUCACAUAUCUAAUUUAAUCAGACACUGCAGAAUGCAUGCUGGGGAAAAAUUAUAUCCAUGUUCCAUUUGUGGAAAACGUUUUACUCAAAUUAGUUCCCUUGCAAGACACAAACGUAUUCACGAAAGGGUAAAGGAUGAUGUUAAACAUCAUUUGCAAACUAAUUUCAACAAUAUCAAUUUACAGAAAAAAGAUCAUGCAAUGUACAAAAAUAAGUUUGUUGAAGGUAAUGCACCUAGUCAGCAAAAGAUUGUUAAGAGACAACAUUACUGUAAGAUUUGUGGUGAAAGUUUCAAUUUUAUUUUUCUCUUAAGGGAGCACGAAAAAUCCCAUUCGCAAACUUUGGAGUGCAAAAACAAUGAGGUGAGUUUUCAGAAAGCUACAGAACUGAAAGAACAAACACAAUGUACUAAUAAUUUUGACUUUCUUGAAAAUGAAACAAAUAUGAAAAAAGCUUCACCAUUGGAUGCAAUUAUUUAUAUCACGUCAGAACAGUUAAAGAAAAUCAAUCUGGAGAAUAUUGAAGAUAGUAGAAAUCACAUUUCACAAGAAGAUCUAUGCGAAACAAAAAUUUUGGGCGCUGAAGAAUUAAGUGUUUCUGAGGAGGUAGCAUUUAACGAUGAACAAACACAACUUGUUCAUGAUAGUCCGCUUUUAUUAUGUAAAUCCAAUAAUUCUACAGAAAGAGAAAAUGUAGCAUAUGCUGGUCCAUUAGAUGAAAAUAUUCUUAAAAAUAAAUUAUGUAUUCAAACGUACGAAUCGGAUUUACAAAAAUCCGGAACAAUAUCGAAUUAUAACACCCUAAUAAAUACUCCUCUGAAUGUUACCGAUAUGUUUCAAAAGAUAGAUCUAUCGGAAUCUAGUAACAAUGAACAUCUUAAUUCCGAUUCAAAUAUACAUAAAAAUGAGGAAAUAAAUUUAGUACAAAGUGAAAAAAUAUCCGAUGAUUUGAACGACAUAAAUAAUAUUGUAAAUCAUGAUGAGCCAAUGUUGCGUUUAGUACAAACAGAAACAGGGGAACAAUUUUAUGAAUUUCUAAUUAAUAAUUUAGUUGAAAAACUGCCGAAUCCGCAAAUUGUUGAGUCCACAAAAUGCUCCGAGAAUAAAGAUAACAGUACAAAUAUGAAUGAAGAAAAUCAUGCAGAGCAGAGUAUACGAGAUGAUAUACAUAACGAUUUGAAUUAUUCACAAUAUGAAUUACAAGGCGAGGAAAAAAAUUUUACAAAUCAGAUUCUAUUAGACACACAAAGUGAAUUCGAUAAAUAUGUUGAAACAAAUUUCGAAGUAUUCGAAAGAUUAAAUUACGACGAUAGUCCCGAGCGAUUUCUUGAAUUUGUGGAAUCAGGACUUGAAAAUCAAAACUCGAAAAUUUCAGAUUGUAACAAAGAUAGUGAUGAAUUCUUACAAUUUCAAAAUUUUAGCGAAAUUGACACUGUAGAAUCGAAUGUAAAAGAUGAUAUUAUCGAUGACAAUAAUAGUAAUAAUCAAAUCGUUGAAACAGAUGAAAAACAAGAGCAAAAUGAAGAUGUGACAAGUAGUAAUGAAAAAUUAGAGGAUGAACAAGACUCAAAGAAGUCGAAAACGUUUUUAAUAAAGUUUCAAUGUACAAUAUGUGAAAAGUCAUUUUCAACUAGUUACAAUUACAAGCAACACAUCGGUACCCAUUUCGCAGACCAGCAAAAAUUUCAUUGCAAAGACUGUAAAAUGUCAUUUGCUUGGAAAUCAACGUUAAAUAAACACAUUGCGAGCAAUCAUAGGCCAGAUGGUCCACAGAAGUUUGCAUGUGAUAUAUGUAAUAAAAUUUAUAAUACUUCUUCACAAGUAAAUGAGCAUGUAAAACGAGAUCAUUUAAAACAACGGAACCAUGUUUGUUCUCAGUGCGGUAAAUCAUUUUUUAAAAAAUACGAUUUGAAAAUGCAUAAUAGAAUUCAUACUGACGAACGGCCAUAUGUUUGUCGCGCUUGUGGAAAAAGAUUUCAUCAUCGAAGUCACAUUGUUCGUCACGAACGCAUACACUUUUAGGAAUGGAUAAGUUUACGUUAUUUGUUUAAGGGCGUAGGGAACAAAUUGUAAAAAAAGUUAUAAAAUAGAUAUAAUUAUUUUAUCGAAUAAAAAUUAACGACGAUGAUGUUCUGUUAUGUUUACGUGAUUUACACUGUAAUAUGUAUCGAUAUAUAUUAUAAGGCAUUUAAAACAGGUUUUGUAGACGAUUAUUUUUUAAUAAAAGAGAAGAUAUUAA